UGACGCAGUAACGUGUGGGGCGAGUUCAGGGGGGAGGUAAACAAGAUGGCGACAACCUGAGAGGCAAGAGUAGCACGAACAGUCACACCAAAAUUUAUUAGUAUCGUGUCAGACGAGCGGAGCGGCAGCUUUUGUGGAGGACGGCCACGCAGCGGGUGAGCGAACCUUGUAGCCGCGACGUGCGGGCGGAUUUAGACGAGGGUCUUCUCCCGGCAGCCAGGCGCCAUGCUCCGGACACUGUGCUGACAUGGAGGACACCUAAGAACGGUUCAGCCUAUCGGACGGUGCGCUCAGCCCUCUGAAGCUCGACUGGCUCGAGUGCCGACGCCACGACUAACGGCUUCGGUUGUCGGUCUCCUCUGGGAUCCAGUCCAGCUACACGCACACCUGGGGAAGCUAUGUCCCUUAGUUUGGACCUCUGACAGAAAUGCAUUGCUGUAAGGCCUUGAGGAAAGACUGGUUGCCUUUACCUAAAGUUGUAUGGUAUUAGUAGCCCAAUCAAGACUUGUAAAAUCAUACUUUGUUUUUUUCUCCGUUCAGCAUUAAUCACGCCUAGCUCACAAUGGACAGUAUUAAGCACUAACCCAGCGCUGGAGGCAGCUUGUUCUGCACCUUUUUCCUCCCCCUGUUGAGUAAAAAGAGCCCCAAUGUUUACAGCUUUCAGAUUAUUCUCCCACCUGCUUCCUCAGCCCUCAGGCCUCAUUUCUCCUUCACCCGUUCUCAGUCUUCUUCGUCUCGUCGUUCAUUUGUCUCGUCUCAUGGGUCUGCUUAGUUUAGUGCUAAAGGGUUAAGGGCGGAUCGCGCUCCAGCAGCAGCAGAAAGUCGUAGCCGUUUUUUUUUUUGCAGAGCCGAGGAGCCAGCUGUUGUAAAUCUGGCCACCAUGAGCGACGGCGACCUGCCUCAUCUCGACUACCUAAAUGAAAAUGAACUCAUGGAGAUGGAUACUUUCAUCCACCGCAUCGACUCGACCGAGGUGAUCUAUCAGCCGCGGAGGAAGAGGGCCAAGCUGAUAGGGAAGUACCUGAUGGGGGACCUGUUGGGGGAAGGAUCCUACGGCAAAGUGAAAGAAAUGCUGGACUCUGAGACGCUUUGUCGCAGAGCUGUCAAGAUACUCAAGAAGAAGAAGCUUCGACGGAUCCCCAACGGAGAAGCCAAUGUGAAAAAGGAAAUUCAGCUGCUAAGAAGACUCCAACACAAGAAUGUGAUCCAGUUAGUCGACGUACUCUACAAUGAAGAGAAGCAGAAAAUGUAUAUGGUGAUGGAGUAUUGUGUUUGUGGAAUGCAAGAAAUGCUGGACAGCGUCCCAGAGAAAAGGUUUCCAGUAUUUCAAGCUCACGGGUACUUUUGCCAACUCAUAAAUGGCCUUGAAUAUUUGCACAGCCAGGGAAUAGUUCACAAAGACAUUAAGCCAGGAAAUCUGUUGCUAACCACAGACGGAUCUCUUAAAAUCUCGGACCUUGGAGUAGCAGAGGCCCUUCACCCAUUUGCAGAAGAUGACACGUGCCGUACGAGUCAGGGCUCGCCGGCCUUCCAGCCCCCAGAGAUCGCCAACGGCCUGGACACCUUUUCAGGGUUUAAAGUGGACAUUUGGUCUGCUGGAGUAACACUAUAUAACAUUACAACAAGUCUUUAUCCGUUUGAGGGAGACAACAUCUAUAAGCUAUUUGAAAACAUUGGUAAAGGAGACUACACUAUUCCUGAGGAGUGUGGACCCCUCCUGUCGGACCUGCUGCGAGGAAUGCUUGAGUAUGACCCUGCAAAGAGGUUUUCCAUACAGAAUAUAAGGCAACACAACUGGGUACGGAAGAAACACCCCCCGUCUGAGCGCCCCGUCCCCAUCCCUGCCAGCGCAGAGAGCAGGGACCAGUGGCGCAGCAUGACGGUCGUUCCCUACCUGGAGGAUUUGCACGGCUACACGGAGGACGACGACGACGAGCUCUACGACGGAGAGGAUGAGAUCAUCUACACUCAGGACUUCACAGUGCCAGGGCAAGUGGCCGAGGAGCAUCAGGAUCAGGGGAGCGCGGACCACAGCCCGGCGGUAGCCAAGCCGGUUUGUGUGAACGGGACAGAGGCGGGGUCUCUGAACAGCAAGACAAAAGGCGAACGCAGGUCCUCCUCCUCGUCCAACCCCUCCCGUAAAGGAGUGUCCACCGCCAGCAAAAUCCGCAAGCUCUCCACCUGCAAACAGCAAUGACGGCCCUCUGGUCAUCUUUCUCCCACAACAGCAGUCCACGGUCGAUCUGUCCUCGUCCUUCUCCGUCUGGAGUCCUCACGGCUGGAAACGAAAAACCUGCUGACGUUACCGUCCCCCACACCUUCCCCCCCCGGGCCGCCGCCCUGCGUUUCUGUGGAGGAGGCGGGGAGUGACCGGGAGGAGGAGGAGGAGGAGGAGGGCGGCGUGAAAAGUUCUGUUUGCUCUGAGACUGAGGCACUUGCUGUGAAGAUGUCUAUUUUCUCCCAAUAACUUUUUGCCUCCUUUCAACUUGUGUCAUCCGGUUCUGGUUAUUUCCCGCUUCCCAAAUCCUGUCCCCCCCCCCCCCCCCCCUCAGAUGGCCAAGUAUUGCACCGGACAUUUCAGACACCAUCAUCCCCCCCUCCCAUCCCCCAACCCCUCCCAUACAUCCCCGACUUCUGUUUCAACUCCUUUUUGUUUUUAAAUGAACCCUGAUGGCAGUUUUUAAUACACAUUGUGAUGUGUAAAAUAUUAAAGUGGGGGAAAAAGCAA